AUGGCGCCACACGCUGAUGCUCCUUCGAACGGCGGUUCUACCCUCUCGCUCGACCAUCUCAUCACCGGCUCGGACAAGUACCACGCUGCCGCGACCAACGUUGCUAUUGCCGCUGAGAACGAGUAUGCCGCCCACAACUACCACCCGCUCCCCGUCGUCUUUGCAAAGGCUCAGGGCGUUCAUGUGUGGGAUCCCGAGGGCAAGCACUACCUUGACUUCCUAUCUGCCUACAGCGCUGUAAACCAAGGCCAUUGCCACCCAGAGCUAGUCAAGGCCCUCACAGAGCAGGCUUCGCGCCUAACUUUGAGCUCCCGCGCUUUCCAUAACGAUGUCUUCCCCGUCUGGGCCGCCAAGGCGGUCGAGACAGCCAUCAAGAUUGCGAGAAAGUGGGCGUACAAGGUCAAGGGCGUGCCACAUGAUAAGGCCCUGGUUUUCAGCGCUGCUGACAACUUCCACGGCCGGACGAUGACGGCCAUCUCCCUCUCCGUCGAUCCCGAGUCGCGUGACAACUAUGGUCCCUACGUACCCCAAAUCGGCGCCGUUUCCCCCUCGACCGGCAAGGUCAUCCGCUAUAACAACAUCGCCGAUCUAGAAGAAGUGCUGGAGGCGCACGGAAAGGAGACCGCUGCCUUCAUCGUGGAGCCCAUACAGGGCGAGGCCGGUGUUGUUGUUCCCGACGACGACUACCUCCAGAAGGUCUCCGCGCUCUGCAAGAAGCACAACAUCCUUUUCAUCUGCGACGAGAUCCAAACCGGCAUUGCCCGCACCGGUCGCAUGCUUUGCUCCGAUUGGGCCAAUGUCAAGCCUGAUAUCAUUACCCUGGGCAAGGCCAUUUCGGGCGGCAUGUACCCCGUGAGCGCUGUCUUGGCCGAUAAGGAGAUCAUGCUCGUUGUUGAGCCUGGUACUCACGGCUCCACAUAUGGCGGUAACCCACUGGGAUGUGCGGUAUCGCUGCGUGCGCUGGAGCUGGUAGAGGAAGAGGGCAUGCUCGUGCGCGGAAAGGGAUUGUUGAAUGCUGUGGUUAUUGAUGAGUCUGCGGCUUCUGGGCGGACUGCCUGGGAUCUGUGCAUUCUGUUGAAGGAGAAGGGCGUUCUCGCGAAACCCACGCACGGCAACAUUAUCCGCUUCGCUCCUCCACUAGUCAUCACCGAGGAGGAGCUACGGGGCGCCAUCAAGACUAUUGGAGAGGCCCUGCAGGAACUCCCAACAGUUAAGAAGUCCGAGGGACAUUAA